AUGUGGACAGAUGCCCAGAAAGACCUCGACAUCCAGCUCCAGAGAGAAAGAGAAGAGUUCCUCGAGCCAGAGAAGGACCGCGUGAAAGUAUUCAAGUUGUUAGCUGCUUCCUACAUCAAAUACAUGCAAAUCUUCCGUAACUUGGAGACGGCCCAUGACCAACUCGUUCACCGGCAGAAACGGACAGUGAUUCGGCAAGAGCUAGAUGGCGUGAUUGGCCGAAUCCUGGAGAUGAAAAAAGAGAUGGUGGAGCUGGAGAACUCGGAGUUUCAUUACAUUGAUAAUAUCCUGGAAGAUUUAAAGCUGCUCCCGGAAGACAUAGAAGUACCUAUCCCAAGGUAUUUCGUUAAGGAAAAGCUGGAAGUCCUGCAGCAGAGGGAGAAAAUCCUUGAUCAGAUUUUGCUUAAUGCUGGAUUGCAGACACAGGAAGUAAAAAAACCUGUCAAGGCCAUGACAUUCGAAGAAGCCAUUAAGAUGAUCCAGGUUGCAGAACGGGCUCGCCAAGGCCGUUGUCGAGCAGCAUUCAUGAAGCAAAUUUACCUUGAAGAGAAGAGAGAAGGACAAACUAAACUUCAGGUCCAGAUGGGUCCAAAUCCAGAUGAUGCUGCCACUUGCAUUCAAAAGGUUUGGCGUGGAUAUAUCCAGCGCAAGAAAACAGAGAAAAUGAGAGAAGAGGAAAUGAUGUUUCUGGGGAUGACCCUACCUCCUCACUUAAAGGCAACGAGUAUUUCACAGAUGCAUGCUAGGCAAAUAAAUGCCCUGCAAGGUGAGGUCCAGGAGAGACAGGAGGAGGUCUUCAUCAAGGACAAGCUGAGAGAAACGGAGGGGCUCAACAUCAAGGAAACUCUCCAGGAUCAGAUUGGCCAGUGUUUCAUCGAGUGCCGGCACAUCAUAGGCAAGUUUCCUGACUAUCCUACUGAAGAGGCAGGAGGUUCAAUGGCGAUUUUUUCUCAAAAAACUCCAGAGCAGGAAGAAGACGAGGGCUGGAAAAUGGCUCCCAGUAAUUUCCUUUCAAUAAUGGAGGAAGGAAACAGUCAAUACAAAGCCGUAUGGCAGAACAGAGAUGAGGGAUGGGAUUUUCUCCAGGAUCAUGACCCAGAGCUGAUCAAAGAAGAGAAACGGGAAGAAGUGGAGGAAGAGAUCAGAGUGCAGGUUGAUGAAUUGAUGCAACAGAAACUGGAGAAUCUCAAACUGGCUGUGGAUGGAGAGAAGAGUGACAAACAGAAAAAAGGAAGAAAAAGUGAAAAGAAAAAAAAGACAACCGUGAGGAAAAAGAUACCUGAGAUGGAGGAAGAUCUAACUCCUGACAGGACCAUUGAUUCUCUGUACAGAGAACUAGCGGAAGAAGGUUUACUAAUAAAAGCCAAGACUGUGAAUCUCUCCGAUUAUGUUGGCGAGUACAGCUAUCUGGGGACCACACUUCGUCAGGUAGAUAUAGAGCCAAUGCCCUCUCUCGCAGAUGUCAGACAGCUAAUAGCACUGUAUGGAAUAUUGCCAUUAGGUUCCCAAACAGUCCAUGAGAAGGCUCCUUUGGUGAAAGCCUUGUUAUUAGCUGGACCCGCCGGUGUUGGAAAAAAAAUGUUGGUCCACGCCAUCUGCACAGAAACAGGAGCCAAUCUCUUCAACUUAUCUGCUUCCAACAUUGCUGGAAAAUACCCAGGCAAGAGUGGCCUGCAAAUGAUGCUUCACAUGGUUCUCAAGGUGGCUAAGCACUUGCAGCCUUCAGUUGUGUGGAUUGGAGACACAGAAAAAAUAUUUUCUAAAGCAGUGCCGAAGGCUGAAGAAAAGAUGAACCCAAAACGACUGGAAAAGAUCCUCCCCAAAUUCCUCAAGGCUUUGAAAGCACAGGACAGAGUGCUGCUAGUGGGAACCACCAACCGUCCCUUUGAUGCUAACCUUAAACCUUUCUGCAAAGUCUACCAAAAAAUUAUUCUGAUUCCUAGGCCUGACUACGCUUCAAGACUUGUGUUAUGGAAACACAUCAUCCUGCAGAAUGGUGGAGCGAUCACCAACUUCCUGAACAUAAGCUGCCUAGCAAAGGUGUCUGAUGGUUUCACCCAGGGACACAUCGUCCAGGCAGUCCAAGCUGUCCUGACCGAGCUACGCCUCCUGCAGAUGACCAGGAAGCCCCUGAGGACUGCCGAGUUCAUGACUUCUCUGGCCAGACAGGACCCGGUGUACAAAGAGGAGGAAGAAACAUUUAAGGUUUGGUAUACCAAGACACCACUGGGUAAAGCACGACUCAGAGCACUGGCAGACA